ACUGGCUGAGUAAACUGAAUGCUUUUGGCUACCGGUUUAAAUUGUCAUGAAUUACUUUUAAAAUUUCCUCUAUUUUUUGGUAAUUUUGUUAUUUUUCGAUUUUGUAUCUACCUUUAAAAUGCUUUCUACGUUUCAGUGGAUCUUUUACGUGUUUUUAACCGCCCGAUUAUUGUUGCUUCCUGUCUAUGGUUUAAAUGUGAUAGAUCUUGAUCACAACAAUAUUGAAACCGAGUUGGUUAAAGCCAAGGUUGUAUUUGUUAAUUUUUAUGCUGACUGGUGUCGAUUUAGUCAAAUGCUAAAACCAACUUUUGAACAAGCAGCUGACAUACUGAAAGAAGAGUUUCCAAAUGAUCUGAUAUUGGCUAGAAUAGAUUGUGAAGACCAACAAGAAAUCUGCCAACGUUUCAGUGUGAAUAAGUAUCCGACAUUGAAGAUUUUCAGAAAUGGACAGGUGACAAAACGGGAAUUUAGAGGCCAAAGAACUGUGGAUAGUCUCUCAAAGUUUUGUCGAGACCAGUUGUCUGAUAAAAUACAAGAAUUUCAUGCUUCUCAGGAUUUAAAUAUAGAUUUUUCAAAAAGAAAUGUAAUUGGAUAUUUUGAUACAAAAAAUAGUGGAAAUUUUCAUGCAUUUGAAAAGGUUGCUGACCAAUUUAGAGAAGAUUGUGAAUUUUAUGUAGGUUUUGGGGAUGCAUCUUCCAAAGAGCGUGAAAAUGGUGACAAAGUUGUAUUCAAAACAAAUAAAAUGGAAGCUGAUUAUGGUAAAUCUUUGGAUAAUUAUGAUGAAUUAAAGUCUUGGGCAAGUGAAUAUUGUGUGCCUUUGGUUCGUGUCAUUACAUUCGAAAAUGCAGAAGAAUUGACUGAAGAAGGAAUUCCAUUUCUACUUUUGUUCCAUCAUCCUGAUGACAAGCAUAGUACUGAAAUAUUUCAACAGACUAUCCAAAAUCACUUCACUCAUUUUAAAGGCACAAUCAACUUCCUGACUGCUGAUGGGAUACAGUUCUCCCAUCCACUACAUCACUUGGGCAAAUCAACUAGUGACCUUCCUCUGAUAGCUAUUGAUAGUUUUCGUCAUAUGUACACACUACCAAGUUUUGAUGAUAUCAAGGAACCUAAGAAUUUACAAAAAUUCAUAGAGGACUUUCAAUCCGGCAAACUACAUCGAGAAUUUCAUCAUGGACCAGAUCCUACUGAAUCUCCGAAGUUGGAAGAGGUGCCCCAUGAAGAAGAAAUAGAUAAAGAUUUUGAUAUGGACACUCGCGAUGAUCAAGAUGACGAGAAGAAAACUGACCCUCCAGAAACUGUGUUCAAAAAAUUGAAACCAAGUAACGAUAGAUAUACUUUGCUAAGAGAUGAACUUUAGGUACUCACUCUUGGAAAUGGUGCUCGUUAUGCAUACACGAUCUUGCGCAUACUUCUUUUGAUGAUGAGGAGAUCAAUUUUUAUUUUUUUGCUUCUAAAAACCUGAGGAUAUUUGUAAAAGGAGAAAAAGGAAAACGCUUUAUAUACAGAGUCUUGAUAAUUAACUCCUUACUUUCGCUCUAGCAGUUGCUUAAAUGUAUAUUAAUUUAUUCAGGGCUUUAGAGAUAUGAAACGAAGCAAAAUUUUGCCACGUUUUUAUUGACAAGUUGUAGCGUGUUUAGUGAUGAUUCUCCUAUGCAUCAUAUUCAAUAGUUAGUAGAGAGAAAACUUCAAGGUUAAA